UAAAAAAGGAGCUGACAUGUACGCCGUCCACCUGGCCGAAGCGACGGUCGACGAUACGUCAAAGGACAUUGACACACUUUGUGCCAGUGUCCCUGCCGAGCUCGCCGCGCUAAUUCGUCAAUACCCAGAUAUUUUCCCGGACGAUCUGCCAGCAGGACUGCCACCAGAGCGCCCCCAGGACCACAAAAUUGACCUGGAACCCGGCGCGCAGCCUACAGUCAGGACUCAGUGGCGGCUGACUCAGCCGGAACUCGCGGAAUUGCGAAGCCAACUGGACUACCUCUUGGAGAAAAAGUUCAUUCGGCCCAGCACCUCCCCGUUCGCAGCACCCAUUCUGUUCACGCCCAAAAAAGACGGCGGUCUGCGAAUGUGCAUCGACUACAGGGCGCUGAACCGACGAACAAUCAAGUCCCGCUACCCAAUCCCCCACGCGGACGAUCUCCUCGAUCAACUUCGCGGAGCUCGCUUCUUCUCGAAAAUCGAUUUACGCGGCGGUUACCAUCAAAUCCGAGUCUUCGCUGACGACUGCCACAAGACGGCAUUUCGAACCCGCUAUGGCAGCUACGAGUACACGGUGAUGCCGUUUGGCCUCACGAACGCGCCCUCCACGUUCCAACUUACCAUGAACGGCGUAUUCCGGGACCUGCUAGACAAGUGUGUCAUCGUCUACCUUGAUGACAUCCUGAUCUACAGCAAGACCCAGGAACAGCACCUCAAGGACCUGGCGAAAGUUUUCCAGCGACUGCACGACAACCGACUCAUCACGAAAGGCUCUAAGUGCGAGUUCCUAAAAUCCGAACUGGAAUUUUUGGGACACGUGGUGGGAGCGGACGGCAUCAAAAUCGAUCCGAAGAAAAUUACGACGAUUCGCGACUGGAAGCCGCCAACGAAUUUACAGGAGCUGCAGAGUUUUCUCGGGUUCGUUAAUUACGUCCGACGGUUUAUCCCCAAUAUGGCAGGGAUAACCGGACCAUUAACCGACUUACUGCGGAAGGGCACUUUGUUUGAGUGGGGGGAGAGACAGCAGAUUGCUUUCGACGAACUGCGAAAUUUUCUGAUGUCGCCCCCGGUCCUCCGAAUCGCCGACCCAUCUCGACCGUUCGAAGUCUUGACGGACGCCAGCGAUUUCGCCAUUGGAGCGGUACUGUUACAAGAUUUCGGCGACGGACUCCAACCCAUCGCGUAUGAGUCCCGGAAGUUGCAGGCAGCUGAACGCAACUACCCCGUUCACGACAAAGAAAUGCUCGCCAUCGUGCACGCAUUCAAAGUGUGGCGCUGUUACCUGACGGGGGCCGACGUGACAGUACGGACAGACCAUAAAUCACUACAGUACCUCCGCGCGCAGCCGAAUCUCAAUCCACGACAAAUUCGGUGGCUGGACUUCCUCGAGAGCAAUUUCCACUACACGAUCACGUACAAACGUGGGGCGAAUAACAUCGCCGACGCGCUGACACGACCAUCCGCCCACCUCGCCUCCAUCAUAAUUGCGAAAUCCAACCCACUGCUCACUGGACUAUUUACCCACGGCUACCACACCGACCCCUUUUUCACCCGCAACCUCCACCAACAGGCCACCACCGCAAAGGGACCCUACUUCCUAAAAGCCGGUACUGACCGCAUCUGGGUUCCCGCCUACAGACUCCUCCGCGAAUUACUUAUCCAAGAGGUCCAUGAUUCUAAUCUCUCCGGUCAUUUCGGGGUUGACAAAACCCAAAAGCUACUUCACCGUUUUUAUUAUUGGCCUGAUUCAGCGUCUGAUGUGCAGAGAUACGUGUCGGCGUGCCCGAUCUGCCAACGCAUGAAGUCGUCUCGCCAGCGGCCGGGUGGACUGCUGCAACCGCUCGAGCCACCCCAGCGACCGUGGCAACACGUGACGAUGGACUUCGUCACGGGGCUCCCUGCAGCAGCCACGGGCAACAACGCCGUGCUGGUCGUCGUCGAUCGACUGACGAAGAUGGCGCAUUUCGCACCCUGCCGUACCACAAUCACCGCCGAAGACACCGCGAAACUUUUCAUCUCCACCGUUGUUCGCCUGCACGGCCUACCCUCAGCGAUCAUCAGCGACCGCGACCCGAAAUUCACGUCGAAGUUCUGUCAGGAGACAUGGGCCCAGUACGGCACACGCCUCCAAUUCUCCUCCGCCUACCAUCCUCAAACCGACGGUCAAACGGAACGCACCAAUCAGACCAUGGAACAACUCAUCCGGACCAACUGCCCCGAUCCUGCUCGGUGGGAAGAUUUCCUGCCCAUGUUGGAGUUUUCCUACAACAAUGCCCCAUCCGCGACGACUACUCACUCGCCGUUUUUCCUAAACUACGGAAUGGACCCGACAGUCCCGACGACUACCAACAUCAACAACCCCGUGCCACGAUCCCAGCAGUUCGUGACCACUUUACAAACUGCCCGGGAUAACGCUAUCGAAUUCAUUCGCAAGUCCAACUCCACAGCUCGACGCUACACGGAUCUUCAUCGCCGCGAUAUCACGAUGACAGCUGGGCAACUAGUCCUUCUCGACACGAAGAACCUGCGAUUGCCCCUGCCUUCCAAACUCCGCCCACGAUUCUGUGGCCCGUUUCGUAUCAUCAAGAUGGUGACACCUGUCACAGCGAAGUUAUUACUUCCGGACGAGUGGCGAAUUCACGACGCAUUCCACGUCAGCCUGCUUCGCCCCUACGUCGCCAGCACGUCUGCCGUCGCACGACCUGCAGCCGCCCCAAGUGUUCGUCCCUUGGCUGAACCCACGCUCGAGCCUUUUCGGCUUUUGAGUCAUCGCGUUCGCCUCGACUCGACAGGACGCCACGUGGAUUUUCUUGUUCGCUGGGUCGACCGUACAAGCGAAGACGACACCUGGGUCACUUCCGACUCGAUUCAGGAACACUCGGUGCUCAAAUCUUAUUUGACCCGAAAAGGCGUUCCCGAUAUUGAUCACCUUCCUUAGGGGGGGGGGGUAGUGUAAGGAAUUUUAUUCCUUACCGGGUUGUACUGCAAUCGCGUACACCCGAACUCUCGGAACACCAGGCUCGGUCAGUUUCCAACGCGACCCCGAGGCACGCCCGCACCGCCUCCGAACCUUUC